UCAAACACAUCGUAUCCACAACAACGCCUAUAAGAAGAGUUAUCCUGUUCAACAGUCUUGGACAUACAUUAUUGGAUUCAGAGUCGUAAGCAGCAGUCAUACAAUCUAUUUUUGUACUUGAAUAUUUAUUGCGUUUCUUUUUUUAAUAAGCAAGAAAAAUCAAAUCAAAAUGGUUGCAGGUUGUGGACCAAAGAUUGCCAAGCUUCUCUUGUUUGUCUUCAACUUCAGCAUAUGGGCGGUUGGAGUGAUCCUUAUAUCCGUGGGUUCCUAUGUGACUGCCAAGCAGGCCAAAUAUCAAGAGCUCUUCGCAGAGGACACCUUAGUUAUCGUGUGUGCUUUGACUAUAGCCAUAGGAUGCUUCACGUUCAUAGUGGGCUUCUGCGGCUGCUGCGGUGCCAUGAAAGAGGGCGUUUGCCUCCUCAAAACGUACUGGUUCUUAAUGCUCCUCAUCAUUUGUGGUGAAAUAACUGCCGGGGCCCUCGCUUUUGUAUACAAUGACGAGAUAGAGGCGAGCAUGUUGAAAGGAAUGACCGCAACGAUCCAUGAGAACUACGGCGAGUCAACAGCAUCAACACAAAUAAUAGAUGAAGUCCAGAUAGCGUCCGAAUGCUGUGGUGCGGCUGGCUAUGCCGACUACAUAUUGUGUGUGAAUUGUCCUGCGUUGGAGGCGGUACCCGAGUCUUGCUGCAGACCGGAUGGUGACAAAGCGCUCUGUCAGACAGGACCGAAGGGGAUGCCAGCGUUUCCAGAUGAGGUCUAUGGAACUGGUUGUGUUGAAGCAUCUAUUGACGUAGUACAUGAAAACUUCAUUCUCAUUGGUGCUAUUUGCUUCGCUCUAAUCAUCUUUGAGAUUUUGACGAUGGUAUUCACUUGUUGCGUUAUCGAUGGAAUACAGAAGGGUGAAUUCGCAUAAACAUAAUCAUAACGUUCUGCAAACUGAAAGAUCAUGUGCAGUUUUGAGAUUACCAUCUGGAUCAAGGGAAAGCAGAGUUUUCCGCGAAACAUUUAUGAAUGAUUAUUUUGCUUUUCAUACUGGUGGAUCUGUAAUUGGAUUUGAUUUUGGCUGAUUUGAUUCAAUUUGAUUUAUUUGUAUCCGUAUCAUCUUUUGAAUUCACAUUCCCAAGUGCAUAACAGUGCAGAUCUGCUAAAUUUCUCGAAGAUGAAAAUAGAAAAUACAUGAGUACGGGUUACGGGUCUUACGACUCUAAGCUGCCGUUUACGAUAAACCUCAGUCAAAUCGACGAGACUGAUUACCGUACACACAAACAAA